AUGGGUGUAAACUGGUCAUCGGUAUCAAGCACAAUGAAAGGAUCGCCAGUAGUUAUAUAUGUGUUUCUGUUGUCAUCAAAGCGGAAAGAACAAGUAUUGCUAAAUAUUCCUGGGCGUUUAGCAGUGUUUAAAGGGUUCAUUAUACAGUUCCGCCAGGGGCAAGAUAUCUGUUUGGAACGGCUACUGGUCAAUAAUUACCGGUAUCUUGUUCAACAUAUGAACGAUCGACAGCGACUUACUAUCUACGGGCUCCGAUCACUCUUCAACGAGAUGGCGUCGGUCAACCUAUAUAUUAUCGAUAUUUCAGACCUCAUCACAUCUGCUAGUGACAAUGACAGUCGCUUCGUCCCUCCCAAAUGCAUCUAUCUACCAAUCAGUGGAGAACUGAUGUAUAACCAAUUUUUGCAGGCUGGAUAUCGUGAAAUGCACAUCGAUAAUCAAAUUACGUGGGCAGAGCUCGGAAAAGGCGUCGAUAUCUGUAUGUACAUCCCACGGGAUGGUGGUGGUAUGGGUGGGAAAAGAAUUAAACGAAGAUGUGCACUGGACGCUUCAGACCUCUACACAGCGACGCCUGAUAUAUUCGCCAUGUGCAAGCGAUAUGUCGAUAACAUGGUCUUUACUGGCAUCAGGUCGACUUGUUUAUGGGACCGAGGAAAGCAUCACGUACUAGUCUUCGUUCAUCGACAAUUGAUUGGCGAUAAUGCUGUCCCCGAAUCAUAUGGUUCAUUUUGUUUUGAAAAAAAUCAAGUAUGUUACGGUGAGGUCGAUAAAGUAGCAAAAUAUGAUUGGCCUGUCGGUUCCCAAUAUGGGCAAAGGAAAAUAUUAGGGUACAACAUUCUUCUGAAGACUCUGCGAAUUUUUAUGAGUAUUGUUUACUACUGUUACUUUCAACUUCUCAUCGGCUCUAGAUUCAUAGAGUUCAUCCGCCCGGUUUUGUACUCUGUUGAAGUGAAAAAAAAAUGGACAGACAUUGGGCGUGAAAGAAGAAUGCGCAGAGUGUUAACGGUAUCUCAGCUCAAUGCACUUGAUUCGAUCUUAAACCAAACUAUCCACCCGAGUGAACGAAUGGUUGCACAGCUGUCCAAAAGUACUGGAUUGACAGCUCUGGAAGUUAAAAAUCAAAGACGUAGAUUGCAUCGGAACCAGUUGAAGGACCGGGCGCUGAGGGAAGACGAUAUAUCAAGCCGUUUUUGCUACCAGCUAUCGUGUAGUGGGUCAGGACAAGACUUUAAAUGCAAUAACGACAAGCCCAGACCUAUCCUACUGUCGAUGUCGAUGAUGUUCCCUCAUAUUUUCAACGACGACUAUGAUUAUUCCCUUCCACCAAAUGUUCAUCCCAUUCAGACAGCGGCGAGUAUUCCGAAUUGA